AUGUCAUCAGCUUUAGGCAAAGGUUUCGAGUCGCAGUUUGUUCAUCAUCACGUGAAAAAUAUCAAGACUGGCGUACCCCGAGUGUGGGUGGAUGGCUGUUUUGACAUGUUCCAUUGGGGUCAUGCAAACGUAGUCAGACAGGCUGCAGCUGUUUUUGGAUAUAAGUGUUGCCUCUGUGUCGGUCUUCAUAGUGACAAGACUAUUACAAAUCAAAAGGCAAAACCCGUGAUGAAUGAAGAAGAGCGUACUGCAGCUGUGUUAGCAUGUGAAUGGGUCGAUGAAGUGGUAGAUGGGAUUACAUGGUGGUGUACUCCAUAUGACUUUGUGAAGUCGUUUAACAUCGACUAUGUUGUCCACGGCGAUGACAUUGUUUGUGAUAAAGUGACUGGAAAGAACUGCUACUGGGAAAUGGAAGAACAUGGCAUGUUGAAAUUAGUCCCACGUACACAGGGAGUGUCCACAACCGAUCUUAUUUAUAGAAUGCUGAACCCAACUUCACAGGAUCAUUGGACGGGGUACAGACACUCUAUUUUAACUAUAGACAAGAUCUUGUUGUUCUCGCAACAGAAGAGACAAUUGAAAGAUACUGAUAGAAUAGUGUAUGUUGAUGGGGUAUUCGAUUUGUUGCAUCUUGGGCAUUACAGACUGUUGAAGCACGCAAGAGAGAGCGGCGAUUAUGUGAUCGUUGGUGUGUAUGACGAUGACAUUGCAAAUAAGAAAUUGGGGAAGAACUACCCCAUUUGUAAUGUUGGUGAAAGAGUGAUGAGUCUGCUUGCAUGUGGGUAUGUCGACAACAUUGUUAUAGGUGCGCCAGAAGGUGUCACAAAGGAGAUGAUUGAGAAAAUGAAUAUCAAGCGAGUGAUUCACGGAGUGAAGGACUACCAAGAAGAGAAGUACAAAGAUGCUAUCGAAGGAGGUAUUAUGGAAGUGUAUGACACCAAAACGCAAUUAACUGCUGAGGAUGUCAUUAAUAGAAUUAAAGAGAUGCAUGCCAUGUAUGAAGAGAGAAACAGUAAGAAAGAGAGGUAA